AUGGCUGUGCAAGUGACAUGUGAAUAUGUAGAUCAGCAAUUGAGUACAUGGAACCUCUCCAAACCUCUUGUUUUGGGCGUCAGUGGCCCUCAGGGUUCAGGCAAACUGUACUUGGCUAAUCAUCUAUUGGUUCAUUUAAGAACAAAGUACCCACAUCUCACUAGUGUGGGACUUCUGAUCGAUGACUUUUAUUUAUCCAACUUAGAGCAGCGAGAGGUCACCGCCAAAGCCAAAAUUGAUGGAAAUUCUGUCUUGCAAGGGCGAGGACUUCCCGGAACUCAUGAUCUCAGGUUGGCUAUCCAAGUAAUGGAACAAUUGUGCAGCAGAAACGUCCCUGUCAAGGUUCCAAUAUACGAUAAGAGUGCUUUCAAUGGAGAGGGUGAUCGUUUGCCGGAAUCUCAAUGGCAGGUAAUUGAAAAACCAGUGGAUGUGAUCGUGUUCGAAGGCUGGUUCAACGGAUACAAGAAGAUCGACAGUCAAAUCUUUCCGUCCGCGUAUCUCACACAAGAUCCAAGCGGAGUGGUCCAGAGACACCGCAUGUACCAUUUGGAGGAUAUUAAUGAGCGACUCGCCUCGUAUGAGCCGUUGUGGAUCAAGUUCGAUUUUUUUGUCUACUUGAGGACAGACAACUUGGCCAACGUAUUCAAGUGGAGAUUGGAGCAGGAGGCUGGGCUAAUAGCUGAGAAGGGAGUGGGUAUGAAUCCCGAUCAGGUCAGAGUCUUUGUAGAUCGGUAUAUGCCCAUGUAUUACCUUUACUAUGAGAGAAUGUGUGAUGGAGGAGUAGCUAAAAGGGGAAGGAAUUUGGAAAUUGACAUUGAUGAAUCACGCAAGGUUAGGAGGUGGAGGAGACUAUAG